UCAUUCCACCAAUCAUUCCUAUAAAAUACCCCUUUCAUCCUAUCCUUCUUCCAAACACAAUACACAAUCACUUCAGUCUUAAAACACUCAAAACUUACUAUAGUACUACUACUAUAUCAUCCUUCUCAAACUCAAAAACAAAAAGCCAAACCAGAUUCACAUGGAGUCUCUAGUCCAUCUACCACGGUUACUAGUGGCAGCGCUGGCCAUCUUUGCGGUCUUGAUCACACCGGUUUUCGGCCAAGUCAGCACACCCUGCAAUGCUUCAAUGAUCUCUAGCUUCACACCUUGCAUGAACUUCGUGACUAAUAGCAGUUCCGCUGGAACUUCCCCAACCUCAGACUGCUGCAACGCCUUGAAGACCUUCACCAGCUCAGGCAUGGACUGCUUGUGCCUCAUUGUUACUGGAAGUGUUCCUUUCCAAGUCCCCAUCAACCGUUCUCUAGCCAUAUCCCUCCCCCGAGCUUGUAACAUGGCUGGUGUCCCUGUCCAAUGCAAAGCAACUGCUGCUCCAAUUCCUGCUCCAGCUCCAGCUUCGUUUGGCCCAGCUCUGUCUCCUGGUGAUUCACCAUCUUCUGGCCUUAGUCCUACAGGCUCUUCAAUCCCCCAACCUGUUUCGCCAGCACUUUCGCCAGAAUCCGACACCACACCAUUGUUAACUCCUCCAACUACAACUGGUGAAGCUCCAACAGCAACUACUGGAAGCCGUUCAGUUCUGCCUCCAUCAGCUGCCACUCCUUUAUAUAGUUCUUCUUCUGUUUUGUUAUUUGCCAUGGCAUGUCUAGUGAUGCAAUUGUACUAGAUUGUUACAAUUUUCAUCAUAUGUUAUCAAUUAUUUCCUUCUAUUGUAUUUGGAGAUUCUUUUGGGGUUCAGAUUAUUGUUUUAUUGACCUAUUUCUCACACCAUUGAGAGUCAGAUUGUUUAUGAAUAUACAGCUACAUUGGUUGUAAUGUAAUAAAAGUUUAGGUUCAUUUUGUA